AUGGCCCCUAAAGAACUCGCAGCCAAGAAGGCGCGCAGUCGCGCAGACUAUGCCUUCCAUCAGGAAUACCGGACCAGAUGGUUCGACAACGAUAUGUACGCGCACCUUAAUAACACUGUCUACACGAUGCUCUUCGACUCCAUAAUCAACACAUACCUAAUCGGCCACUGCGGAAUGGAUCCGUUCACCGUCAACAACAAAGACGACUCAUCCGGGCCGGCGAUGAAGCAGAUUGCCAUCAUUGCGACUUCGUACUGUGACUAUUUCGCGUCUGUUGCAUUCCCGGACGUUCUUGAGUUGGGUUUGCGUGUGGAGAGGCUGGGAAAGUCGAGCGUUACGUAUGAAGUGGGUGUGUUCCGGAAAGGGGAAGAAGAUGUUAAGGUUGUUGGAGGGUAUACGCAUGUCUUCGUGGAGAGGGAGACGAUGAGGCCUGCGGCAGAGGGGAUGGAGGGCACUGUACGGAAGGGACUGGAAGCGUUGGUUAAGGAACCAAAGGCGAAGUUGUAA